GUAGCAGUGGGGAUUUUUUACAUCACUGCCACUUUGUAGCUGCUGAUUCCUCUCUGACCUCUGGCACAGAGCUUAUGCCGGUGGUUAUAGCUCGAAAUGUGUUACUGAUCCCUCUGUUUGUGAUCAUUGGAUCUGGAGGUGUUGGAGCAGGCCUCUAUCUCAUGCGCUUGGCAAUGUUCAACCCUGAUGUCAGCUGGGACAAGAAGAAUAACCCAGAACCUUGGAACAAAAUGGCCCCCAGUGACCAGUACAAGUUCUACUCGGUUAAUGUAGACUACAGUAGACUGAAAAAGGACCGUCCUGACUUCUGAACAACACACUCAUGUCCCUGAGCUGCACAGAAAGGUCUUCCGGAAGCCGUCCGCACAAUGGUCAUGCAUCAUCAUCCAGGAAAUAAUCACGUUCGCCUCAUGCAGCACUAGGUCACAUGUUUGAAACUCUUUUGAUGAGGCUUAAUAAAAGUUUGAAACUUGA